AUGGAGGCACCGCGCGAAGUGUUGGACAACGUCUUCUCACAGACUGUCAUGUCUUCAUUACCCUCGAACGUGCAUGCAAAAUCUGGAAUGGCACGCCUUCAGACAGUCUCGGUUUGGGCAGAAGGACCUGCAGGCAAGAAGCGAAUUCGGCUGCUUCUUGACACGGGUAGUCAAAAAGCGUUUAUACGUCGCGAUCUAUUGAAGGAGCUAAGGUGCCAAAUCACUGGUGAGGAGGACCUCUCCGUGUUCUCUUUCGCACGUACGCGCCACCCCAGAAGAUUCCACUGCGAACGGGUGCAAGUCCGCCUCGAAGUCACCUCGGAUCCGCGGUCGUUCAUCGAGCUUGAAGCCCUCGGCAUUUCUGAACUGUGCCGCGUGUCUACGCCAGCCUUGGACGACGUAACCAUGAGCCUUCUCUCGCUGCGAGGCCUCGAAGUGGCAGAUACGAACUGCACCACGGACAUCGCAAUGCUGGUGGGUUCCGAUUACUAUUGGAAGCUGGUCACCGGCCAAGUGCAACGUCUCCCUAGCGAUCUUGUUGCGGUGGAGACCAUUUUCGGAUGGGUCGUUCAGGGAGUCCAACGGCCACCCAGUCGAACGCUGUCCACCGUGGUAUCAGUCCUCUCCCUUUCCUGCGAGGAACAAGAAUUCUUCGACCACAUGGACCCUUCGGGAGCGUGGCGUUUGGAUGCCCUUGGCAUAAGCGAUCCGGUUCCUGAUCCCGACGAUGAGUUUGAGGCCGCCUACUUUACAAGCCAUGUACGCGAAUGUGACGGUAGCUACGUUGUCCCGUUAAUGGUUAAACCAGAACUAGGGCUCCCUGCUUGCGCCAAUAACAGGAAUACGGCUCUACAGCGCCUCCUCUCGCAACUACGUCGGUUUCGUUUCGACCCAGAAUUGCUGUCUCAGUAUGACAAGGUCAUACGUGAGUACUUUGACGAAGGUCAUGCUGAAAAGGCAAUGGGGAUCACCAGCCGCCAAGAAAACGUUUAUUACAUGCCCCAUCACACGGUUGUGCGACAAGAGGCGGUCACCACGAAACUCCGCGUUGUAUUUGAUGCGCCGUCCCACUUGCCAGGUCAGCAAUCGUUGAAUACUCUCCUGAUGAAAGGGCCGAAGCUAAACGCUGAUCUGCUCCAUCUUCUGUUGCGGUUCCGCUGCAGCUCCACGGUUUUAACCGCCGACAUCAGGAAGGCAUACCUGCAAAUCAUCAUUCGUCCCGAAGACAGAGAUUUCCUUCGCUUUCUGUGGGUAAAGGAUGUACGGCAGGCAUCCAACGACAGCAAUCUCGAACUUGUCGACUAG